AGAACAUAAAUGUAAAUAUGCAGUAGAGUAGUAGCGGACACAUCGUUACAUCCCCGAGAUCCUCAGCCUUUCUAUACGAUUCACGCAAUUAAAUUGACGCGAAACUUUUUAUUUCUUGCCGAGCCUCCACCGCUGCACUGCUUCUAGUAAAGCGCGAUACGUGAAGAGUGAGCGAUAUCCACAUUUGUCAAAAACAACAGUCGCGAUUCAUGCUCUUCUUCUUCAGAACCAAAAAAAAUUCAACUUUAUCGUUUUUGAAAUGAUUUUUGAAAUAUUCCAUUGCAUAGAGGAAACAACGUUGGUGAUUAAAAUGAUAAUUAGUGAUUCAGUGCGUCUUAUCUUAGUGUUGUGGAUGUAGAAAAUUAUCAGUAUAUCAGUAAAGCUCAAAAUAUUGCUUUGGUGCUACGAAAAUUGACAAUAUAGUUGCAGAAUAUCAGCAUAAAAUAAGGAUACCUAUCAAAAUGGACAGAAACAGCAAGAAUUGUACCAAAAUAUCUGGAUAUCUCGAGAAAAAAGGGAAAAAGAAAAUGAUCAGUUCGUACAAAAAAUACUGGUUCGUAUUGGAGGGCGGACUCUUACUGUUUUACCGUUCCAAAGACGAUUACGAAACCAUAUCGCCCUGUAAAGGAUCCAUCAGUUUGGGACCUCCCUGUAUAGUCAAACCGUGUCCUUCCAUGACGGGUGUGUUUCAAGUACAGACCAGGAUAGCUACUGUCACUUUACGUGCAGAAAAUCGAGACGAACAAAACAAAUGGAUGCAAGCUAUAAUUUCGGAAAUCAAUCCCCAAAAAAACCUCCAAAGAAUGAGCCAUUUUCGAUAUUCCAUGGAAAACAUUCCGCAAACCAAAGAACCUAUCGGAAACUCCACACCGGAAUCGGAAUCUUCUCAAAAUUCGAGCGAAGAUAUCAUCCAAAGGCUACAGAAAAUGGGAGCACAAUCGUAUAACCCGAUUGGAACAAUUAAUAAAGUAGCUACGUUAAAACAAAAAGAUCCCAAGGAUGGUGUACCCUUGCCUAUUAUAAAUGUCGAUGAUGAUAAAUUGAAUAAUCUAGAUUACAGAUCUUCUCAGCAUAUCUACGAAAGAAUUUCAGCGGAACUCAGAGAAACCAUCUUGGAUGAAGACGAAGAACUCGACGAAACCACCAAAAAAUCACUGAACCUACCCCCGCAAAGUUUCAAUACUUUAAAAGUCAAAAAAGAAGAAAAUAGACCAAAAACUUUCAUCAUUGAAAACGACACCUAUGCUAUUAGUAUACAAAAAAAGGAUUUCUCUGAGGAUGUUAACGUUAGGGCCAAAACUACUAACAAAAAUCAAGACAACCACGAUAAAAAAGAAGAUAAAGUUAAAGAGAAGAAAUCUAAGAAGAAAUUGAGGUAUUCCAAAUCGUUCUUUUCCAGAAAAGAACCGAAAACGGAUUAUUUAAUCGUGGAAAACGAAAAUUAUGCGACUGUUACAAAAUCAAAUUCGUCUUGUGACGGUGGCGAAGAUAUUAGAGACGUCAAUGAAAAUAAUUUGCUAAAAGAGCGUUCUAAGAAUAUCGAAGAAGAAAAUGCUUAUUCGAUUCCAAACUUUUUUGAUGAGACAGCUAAAGUUCAAAGUUAUUAUGAAGACGCAGAUAAAAUUGAAUAUGCGGAACCUAAUCUGUUCCAGGAAGACGAUCGAAGUAAAACGAAAGAAGCCUCUGACGAAAAAGACAAAAAGAAAAUCAAACUCAAAAAGAAAAAAUCCGAAGAGAAGACCGAUGCCAACAAAGAGCCCAAACUUAAAAAAAGAUCCAGUUUCAUAAGGAGGGUGUGGAAAAGAAAGGAUAAAACCAAAGAAAAAUAUGACGAAAACGUAGGCGAUGAAGAUUUGUAUGAGACCGUACCUAACACUGCUGUUGUGGAGAACGUUUGCGUUACUGAUUCUACGGCAGUACAAAUGCUGUCUGAGUUACAGAAUAUUUUAGAACAGAAGAUGCCUAUAUUGAUUGAAAGAAUUUCUAGCGGUAUGAGUUCCCCGACUACUACCGAACCCCACGAAUCUGAUGAAAAUAUUGGAGUCGAAGAACAAGCACACGUUGCAGACGAUUGUCAACAAAAUAUAAUUCCCAAUUUACCAAUGAAAUCUUCCAAAAUAGAUACGACUUCUCCCUUCCACAAUGUCCCCAAGACCAAACCUCUAACAUUACCACCUAAGAAGAAGAACGACAAAAAGUUGGAAACCGUCAAAAGCCUCGACGAGAUUUUACAAGAACUAAACGUCCAAAAUCCGGAAUCGCGCAAAAACAAAGUCAAGAAGCUGAUAAAGAGAUUUAGCGAGCCGGAAUUCUCGGAGAACGAAGUGGUGUUGAGAAACUGCAAGAAAAACGGACAUAGAGACGAAAUAGAUGCAGGAGAAUUAAGCAGAUUGUUAGAGGAAUUGGCUAAAGUAACUAGCGCUCCUAUUUUGGCGCCUGGAGUGACUUCUAGUCUGAAUGGAGCAAGUAUACCGGACGAAGAGCUGUCAAAAUUGUUGCCCAUAAAACAAAGAAGAUUCUCAGAGCCGGACUACGACAUUCCUAGACCGCACAAAUCGUUGACCAUAAACCAAAAACGAAACGUUACAGAAAACGUCAUUGGAUCGACCAGAUUUUUCGGACCUAUUUUAAAACCUGCAGAUAUGAUGGUGUCGAGUGACAGAAACGCUUCAGAUCCGUCCUCCCAACUAGACAGCAUCACUCCAGACUCCUUGGAAACCAAUAUACAAAAUUCAACGGUUCCUCAGGAUAAAGCGGAUAACUCAGACACACACAAAUACUACAAAUUCGUUGAUAUGAAAUUGUUUUACCGUAAUAGCGAUCCGCAUAUUUACAAUGAACUGAUUGUACCGGAUUCAAAAAACGAUUUAGACGAGUUUAUAAUCGAAAACGAGAUUUACGCCGAACCGAGGUCGAUAUCGAUGAAUUUCGAGUUAAUAAACAAUGAAAAAGUUGCGGAAUAUGAACAUAAUAGUGAAGUGUUCGUCGAUUCGUUAGAGCUGUGUAAAAAUGAAGUAUCUACAGGAUUCUGAUCAAGUAUGAUCGAUUAUUAGAAAAUGUUUUCAAUCUAGUACAAUUUUGAGAGUUGGGCGAUCAUCUAGUAUAAUGAAUGUAUCAUGAAGAAAUUGAUAGAUGUAGAACGUUCACGUGAAUAAAUUCAUGAAUUUCUUCAAGGACUUCACGAUAAAUAGAACAUGAUGUUCUAUUUUACAGCCAAUUUUACUUUUUCGAGUCUGUGGUACAUUUGAACAAAAAACGUAUAAUUCAUCAUUUGAAAGCUGUACAUCUUUGUUUUUAAGCCUACUUUGUUGAAAUAUUGUAAAUUAAAGAUAUUAGGCAUUCCAAACAAAUGAAUUACCAGUGGGCAGGUUUGGUAUAUCUAACGGUGGCGACAUAUGGUGUAUUCUAUCUACUUUACGUAAAAUCAUGAAUAAUGGAUUACAUUUAAAUAUUUUAUGUUAAACACAAUAAAAAUAAUAUUUAAAAAACCCACCUAUACAUUUCUUCAUAAAUUGGCAGGCUUGGCGACUACUACUUUGAAUAAAAUUAGCGUCCAAGUUGCAAGACUAUGUCGCUACCCCCUUAGAUAUACAAGAAUUUCCCACUGGCACAUAUUGUUUGACAGGUCGUUGGAAUGCCUAAUAGUGGCUAAAACAUUUUAAAUGGAAUUUUUCGAAAUGGUUUGAAUUUAUGCUAUUAAAAGUAUACGUUUUUUCAGAAAGGUGAUAGAUGUGCACACACGGGGUAAUUCAGAAAUGAAAUUAGUUUCAUUUAUGUUUACGUUUUUUGUUUAAAUUUUAAAAAGGUAUGCCUAAAAGACUUAAAGUUUUUACCUACAUCUGUACUGAGAUCUAUAUUUUGUUAUUGUGAACCCUCAUCUUUUGGUUACCAGCCGCCACUGCGCAACAUGUUAGCCUAUUAUACAUAUAAAGCAUAUAUGAUCGAUAGCCGUUUUAUUUUUUUUUUCUAAUUUCAUGCAUUUGCUAUGAUGUAUACAUUAUGUAUCUAAACGCGAGAUUAUGAUAUUCCCAAUUUUUUCAAAUGCAUAUAAAUUUCUUUAUUUUUAUUUUCCUGUCUGUAUACAGAUAAGGAAAGUAUAGGAAACAUGAUUUUUUUCAACCUCGAGUUUUCGGCGGAUUUUUACGUAUUGAGGUGCCCUGAAUCCGUUUUGACUAUUUUCGCGAUGAUAUCUGUGUGUGUGUGUGUCUGUAUACUCGAUAACUCAUGAAAGGAUAUAGAUAAAAACACUUAACCUUUAAUCCAUCUUGCGGUGAGUUGACUAGAUUUUGGACAUAAUCUGGUGGGGAUGUACUUUAUAGAGGGUCGUUCUACUUUAUGGAAUAUAUGUUAUUUAUUCUUAUAGAAGAAAAUUCUUCAAAUAAACGUUGCUUGUAAUAUUAUUCUCUUAAUUAUUGUCCAAUACAUAAUUUUCUUAAAAUGGUCCGUAUUCAAGAAAUUUGACAAAAAGUGCAAAUUCGAACAUUUAGUGAAAUGAUUAAAUGUUAGGCAUAAUAGGAACAUGUAGGGGAGGUCGUUUUUCUACUUUAUGGAAUGUUAUUUAGGCUUGGAGAAAAAAAUUCCUUAAAUAAAAAUUACUGAUGUUAUUCUCUAUAAUUUUUGUCUUUAUAAAAUGGCCCGUAUCUAUAUUCUAGAAAUUUGACAAAAAUGCAAAAUUUAAGAAAAUUGUUCAAAUAAAAGUUUUUUGUGAUAUAAUUCUCUGAUUUUUGUUUUCUACAUGAUUUCUUUAAAAUGGAUCGUAAUCGAUUUUUUUUUAAUUUUUCAGUAUUUUCGCUGGCAAUGUAAUACAUAUAUAAAAAAUGUUGUUAGUAUAGUCUUUCUAGACACAAUCCAACACGGCAUUAUAACCGACUUCAAAGGGACCGCGCACAUGGGCGUAUCUUUUUUUAUUAUUAAAAUUAAAUUAUUAAUUGGGUAUAAUUCUUCCAUUAUGAAUAAUUGGAAGGCAUUUAAUUAUAGUUCUACUUGAAACUUAAAAAAAUUAUUAUUAUAGCUCGUUAACUUGCUACAACUGAAUAUUAAAUUAUAAAACGAAAAUUGACGAGUAAAAUGUGCCUGCCUGUAAGGGCGUUUGGUUUAAACAGGGUACCAGACGUGAACUGAGCCCUUUUUGUACCCCACUCGUUUUUUUUUCUGGAAAACGAAAUUUCAAAGCAAAAACCAUAAAGGAAAAUAAAUUCUUUUCAAAUAAAACAAAACUCUAAAUGUAUUAAUGUGAUGACUCUCGGAUUACCAAUAAUGAAAAAUAAGAAAGUUAAUCCGAAUCUAAAUCAAAACCAUCUGUCGAGGAAUCGAGGUUUGGAUUUAUAACUACUGGAGCUAUAGAAGGUAAAACAUAAUAUUCUUUUUCCUUUUUAAUGACGUGAUUAACGCUGUUUUUCCAAACAUCAGUCAAAGACGGAUCUUUAAAAACGCCAUUAAUAUUUUCCAAAACCACAUUUGUUAAGGUAGGUGCAAAAUUAUUACGUCUCAGUUUUUAUUUAACUGAAGACCAAACUAACUCAAUUGGAUUAAGUAUACAAUAAUAAGGUGUGGUAACCUCAAUACAGUAUGACCACCAUCCUUUGCAAAAUUAUCAAUAUAAUACUGUAUUGGAAUAUUCUUACUUUUAACAAAUUUCGAACAAUUGUGGUUUUGUUUUUACGGAAGCAGGAAUAUCAAUGUUAUUAUCUUUUAAAUAUUGUAUUAUAAUUGAUUUCUUAGAGCCACUAUUUGGCUUCUUAUGAAUUUGCCGGGAAUGAUAUGACGCAUUGUGUCCAUUACAAUGACUGAAUUUGGUGAAAUAUUCAGUAAAAGUUGUUCAGCAAACCAGUUCUCAAAAACUGCUGCAUUCAUAUCUUCAUGAUAAUCCAGCAGAGCUUUAUUGAUAUUUUUUGCUGAAAGUAGCAAAGCGUUUGGUACAAAGCCAUUUUCAUUUCCGGCAUGUAAAAUUAUGACUCGUUUCCCCCUCGAGCAUGGUGCAUUUAAAACACAAUUUUGUGAACCGUCUGCCCAACCACGUUGAACGACAUCAUGAGUGUCGAACCAUGUUUCAUCUAAAUAAACUAUAUUUCUAUUUCUAAAUUUAAAAAUUUCCAUUAAAUAAAUUUGAUGUAAUUCCACAAUUCAACGCGACUCCAUAAUGCACAUUCGGCUAUCUAACUUUUUAUAUCUAAAACCACAAGUUAUUAAAAUUUGUCUAAGUGAUUCUAAUGAUUUAUAUUUGAAAUCUUCAAAAUCUUGUAAUUUUCUAAAAAGUAUCUCUAAGGUUGGGACUUGGUUUUCUAUGUGUUGUAAACCGUUCGUCGAAUCGCAUCUUUAGAUGCAUCAUCUAUCCGACGGCUGACGACACGUUUUCUUUUUUGACUGUGUUCAAUAACGCCUCGUUUAAUAACGAAAUAAAUUGUGGAAUAGGGGAUUUUUGUUAACUUACAUAUUCUUUUAACUGCAUCUGUUUGUGAAACAUUUGGAUUUUCUGAUUUAACACAAACAUAUUUAAAAUGACCUGUUGAACUUGAAUAUGUAAGUCUUGGUUUUUGAAUUCCCAAGAUUGUGUUUUACCUUGAUUGUCAUUAUUUUGAAUUGCAUUAUUAAUACGUAUUUCAUCAUUAAUUUGUACUGCAUUUAAUUGUACAUCAUCAUUAUUCUGAAUUUCAUUAUUUAUUGCAAUUUCAUUAUUAAUGCGAAUAUUAUCAUCAUUAACCUGCAAUUCAUUAGCAUCUACAUUUACCUCAAAUGGUCUCCAGAAAGCCAUCUCGUACAACACAAAUCAAAAUUUAACAGAAACAUUAUAUAAACGGUAUUAAAGAAAAGUUUAAAGUUUCAUUCUUGAUAGACAAAAUAUAUCAUUUAACAUUUAAAGUUUUACGCAGCAGAUCUAAUAGAUGAAUGAGUAUUGCAAAAAAUAUCUGAUAACUGUAGAAGUCAAUAUUGUUCAGAAUCCUAAAUACUGUUACGCAGGUUUUUGGUAACUCAAUUUAUUUCGACUUUAAAAUUCAAAUAUAUAACAGAUAACGUGAACGUAUAAAGUUUAUUAUAAAACUGAAACUCUGAAGUCAGGAUCAGCGAUUUAUAUAUCUCGCUUUGACCUUCUAGAACCUUCCCGAAACGUCAGGAUGUUUCUUGACAUGGAAUAACAUUUCUAGACAUUUCCCGAAUAUUCUUACUUCUUCCUUUACUCGCACCUUUACUUAUGAAGACCGCACACACACUGUAAGAUGAUGGGUAACAUUGCUACCUCUUCUCUAGUUAUUCGUCCCGAAUAACUUGACUACUAGGACCUGAUUGGAGUUAAUGGAGGGGAUCUGGACAAUGGUAUGGCGCUAACUUUCCAAUGUGAACUACCUUCCUGCUGACAGCUGAAUGAGGUAGAAAUAGAAAAUAAAAACAAGAAAAGUUUAUAGGUAAUAACAAACGUUUGAGAAAGGUUUCAGACUGUGCACGCUACUGAAUAACAACAUAAUAACCGAAGAGUCCGAAGACCGGUCUUUACAGUGUCCCAUAAAUUAUAAAAACUUGUUUCGAACACGCCUCCAAGUUCCCGUGUUUUCAUUGGUAGACAAAGAUGAUGGGCUUGUGACACACGUCAAUCAAGUCCACGUUGUCUAGCGGCUCCUGUGUUUUAAAAGGGGAGUAUACAAUAUUUUUCGCGCUUAUUUGCAAUGUGAGGAUAUAGCAUUCUCAGCGCUUAUAACGUAAAUUAUUACGCGCCUCCGGUACAAACGCUAUGUUGGAUUGGUUUUGAAAAGAGUAUAAGAUGCGUGGAAAAUAUAUUUAGUUCAUCUUCUAAACAUGUACAGGGGCGAUACAGUAGGCUGUAAAAUUGUUAUGUAAUAACUAUGCAAAAAAGCUAUGUGUUGGACACAUCAGAUUUUUUUAUUUUGUUCCCUAUAACUAAACUAAACGCAUUUUUCUCAAGAUUUUGAUGGUUUUAUUAUAAAAAUUAACAUUAUUCUAAUUCGCUUUAGAAACCUUGGUCAGUUACAAAACUACAAACAGGUAGGUCUAAUUGAUUUUCAUUAUUCUUCAAAUAAAAAAUUUUUAUUUUCAACUUAAUUCCUUUAAAAAUAUAAAUGUUUUGUGUCCUUAUAAUCAGUAGCUCUAGGUUAAUGUUUAAAACAUCUUGGUUAUUACAGGUAAAACUCGAGGACUGUAACAGAGAGGCGUCUUGAAUUAAUUACGAAUCAAACAGCCAACUUUAGGACAAUUAAAAGCAAGAGUCAAACAAACAUAAU